CGCCCAGCCCUGUGCAGGGUCUGUGGGACCCCUGGGACCCUGGUUGACUCCCCGAGACCAGGACAGCUGUGCUCUGGCCAUAAUGAACAUCAUCCUCACCAGGGACAGCCAAGUGAAGGUGAUGGAGAACUCGGUGACCAAUGCCGAGAAAUACUUCGGCCAGUUCUGCUCCCUGCUGGCCUCCUACACCCGCAAGACAGCCCGGCUGCGGGACAAGGCCGACCAGCUGGUCAAGCAGCUCAUUGACUUCGCCAACACCGAGAACCCCGAGCUGCGGGCCACCCUCAGGAACUUCGCCGAGGACCUGGCCAAAGUGCAGGACUACCGACAGGCUGAGGUCGAGAGGCUGGAGACCAAGGUGGUCAACCCCCUGAAACUCUAUGGGGCACAGAUAAAGCAGACCCGGGCUGAGAUCAAGAAGUCCAAACGGGCACGCAAUAAUGAGAUCAAGCAGCUGGAGAAGCUGGAGAAGCUGAGGCAGAAGUCCCCCUCGGACAGGCAAAUGAUCUCCCAGGCAGAGACGAGUGUGCAGCGGGCCUCGGUGGACGCCAGCCGCACCACGCGGCAGCUGGAGGAGACCAUCGACGCCUUCCAGAAGCAGAAGCUGAAGGCCCUUCAGAAAAUCUUUUCGGACUUUGUGACCAUCGAGAUGGUCUUCCAUGCCAAAGCGUUAGAGGUGUACUCCAGUGCCUUCCAGAACCUGGAAAACUAUGACCUCGAGCGAGACCUCGAGGAUUUCAGAACCAAGAUGCGUGGCAUUUACGGGCAUUACGACACUCGGCCGCUCACCGACACUAACACCUCAUCCUCUCUUCCAUGGGCUCGCACCAGCCAGAGUGCUCAGAACCCCAGCCCGAAUCCAAGGAAAGAUGAGGAGCCGAGUGAGGAUGGCUCCGAGGGGGAGGACACGGUGGAGAACCCCCGGGAACAGGGGCAAGGACUCCACAAGUAGGAAAGACUGCUGCUCUGAGACAGUCGGAAGAACCGGAUGGCUUGAAGUCAGAUGUCCUCCACCUGUGGGGAGCGGGGUCUCUUCUGUGUAAUCCUGGGUAAGUCCCAUGUCCUUGAGGACAGUGCCGCUCACCUCACUGGCUGCUCUAGGGAUCCCGUGUACCUCGCACUGUUUGGCACACAGUAGGUGCUCAAUAAAUGCAGUC